UAUAGCAUAGGACGGUUCAUUCAAACAAACACCGCCACAAGGCUAGCGUGGAUCCAAGUAGUGUCUUUCAGCAACAAUGGACUUAUAUUCGUUAAAGAGUGUUUGAGGAAUACUAUAUAAAACACGUACACUGUCAGAAUCCACUGUCAUGUAUUUCUGAUAAAACACAGAGGAAAGAACACUGAUCUCGAAACCAACUGGAGUUUAUCAAAUAAAACCUACCACCGGUCUCUCUUAGUGUUUUGUGUUUGUGUGUGGUACAUCUCCACAGCUUACAAAAGUAUUGGAUAGUUGCAGCGUUUUAGAUCUGUACCAUGGAUGUUAUUUUAUUUACGGUGAUACUAACACUGAUGGCAGUGCAGUGCACACUUACUCGAGCCAAUACGGAAUUCUCUAGCUCAAGUGUGGAUUAUUUAAUGAAAUAUGGCUACCUAUCAAAUGAAGGCAAGCAUAGCGGGUCAUUAAGGUCACAAGAGGUUGUCAGCAAUGGUAUAGCGCAGUUCCAGCGUAUGGCAGGUUUACCAAUUACCGGCGUGGUUGACUCAGAGACCAUCCGAAUGAUGAAGAUGCCAAGAUGUGGAAACUCGGACCAAAUGGGUUACUCGGACAAGGCAAGAAAGAAACGAUAUGCUUUACAUGGGAGCAAGUGGUCAAAACAUGAUAUCACAUAUACGAUAUCACAAUACAGCAAAAAGAUUUCUAAACAAGACGUGGACUCAGAGAUCAGGAGAGCGUUCGAUGCAUGGGAAGGUGUAACGCCUUUGACCUUUACCUGGAAGAAAUCAGGAAAUGUUGAUAUUGAUAUCAAAUUUGCCCGUUCAUGGCAUGGGGAUAAUAACCCAUUCGACGGGAAAGGACAGACAUUAGCACAUGCCUUCUUUCCCCAAUAUGGUGGGGACGCCCAUUUCGAUGAGGAUGAACCUUGGACAAUCAAUGUUUCAGAUGGGGUCAAUUUCUUUCAAGUUGCCGUCCAUGAAAUUGGCCAUUCCUUGGGUCUUGCCCACUCUGAUGUGUAUUCAGCCUUAAUGGCCCCAUUUUAUAAAGGUUACCAGAAGCAUUUUCGCCUCGGAACUGACGAUAUCGAAGCUGCACAGGCUUUAUACGGUACACCAAACAGCCGACCUAACCCUACUCAGCGACCUCCGACCCGUCGUCCGUAUACUCCCGCACCGACUAUCCGUCCGACCCGUCGGAGACCCCCCGUUACUACAAGGGCCCCUGUGUAUAACAUUCCGGAAAUCUGCCGAAAUCCAACGAUAGACGCCAUCACACGUACAAAAGAUGGUUCUACAUAUGUUUUCAAAGGAACUUAUCAUUAUCGACUGAACAAGCUCGGCAUAGAAAAAGGAUAUCCAAGGAAAAUAUCAACCGAUUGGAAAGGUGUUUCCGGUCCCGUCGAUGCUGCUUUAACAUGGGAAAAUGGAUAUACUUAUAUCUUCAAGGGAAAAUAUUACUGGAAAUUCGAAAAUAGACGACUUAUUUAUGGGCCCAAGAGAAUCGUUUUUGGAUUUAGAGGUGUUCCAAAUAAUCUGGAUGCAGCUAUGGUGUGGGGUGGUAACGGAAAAACAUACUUCUUCAAAGGAGACCAAUACUGGAGGUAUUCUGGGAGAAAAAUUGAUUAUGGGUAUCCCCGUGCCAUCGUUAAAUGGCGAGGACUUCCUAGUAAAAUACAAGGAGCAUUUAAAUGGGAAAAUGGCAAAACUUAUUUUUUCACCGGAAAAAAUUACUAUCGGUACAACGAUCAACUGUUUGCGGUUGAUGCCACAUAUCCACGACCCAUCGCCACCUGGUGGUUAGGAUGUCCACAACAAGGAAAAAUAACUGACGUUAAAAACCCAUACAGUCAAGAUCAAAGCUUUCAAUCCGAAAAUGACAACAAGGAUGAACAAUGGAUCACAAUAAAAAGUGAGGACGACAUCUUGGAUCCAAAUAGCGUUGGUAAUACUUCAGGCCAAAACUCUGCAAGUUCAAAUAAUAUAAAACCAUUAAGUAUAUUAACAGUCAUAUUGGUGACAAUAUUAAACUUGCUGUUAUGAAAUUUUUUUUUUUAAAAAAUCGACAAUUAUUUACCUCACGUUGGCAAUCACAAUGACCUCUAUGAUUUGAGGUCGUGACCAGGUCGUCUCCAUGACCGAGCAUGCCCCAUGUGCGCGAUCAUCCCAAGGUUGGUGGGGCUAAAAUAGCCCAGAAUUAAUUCGCGGGAGAGAGAACAAUCGGUGAAGAAGACGAAAUGUAUAGAAUGGAUCCUAUCAAAUACAAGUCUAUGCUGACAACUCGUCUCUUCAAGCACUCCACAGGGGUUUACUACUAUACUUGCAUGUGUUGCUGCAGGUUCUAAAAGGGUAAUAGAUCAAGUCUCUGCCAAUUCAAGGGAUUGAUGAAUGAUGGGAUGCAGGCCGUCUCAACUAAAUGAAACAUGGCUGGAGAGCCGUUCUGCAUAUUCAUCGACAGGGUUAUUAAUCCUAAAGAAAGCAGAACAACGAAUGUGAGGACAUGCAUCAGUGUGCCAUAAUACUUUCCUCUUACGAGAAGUGUCAAUAUAUAUAUAUAAAUGUAUUGUUUCUGAAUGUGGUUUUAAACACUUUUUCUGUCAAUCAUUUGAAUUAAUACAUUGUGAAACAAGUCAUGGUGUAAAUGAAUCGAAACAUAUUAUUAAAGUUGUCGACAAGGUAUUUAUUUUAAACCAUAUUAAGAAUUUGUUGAAUACCCAAGCUCUCAUUAUAACAAACCAGAUGAAUGUAUGUUGAUAUAUGGGUUAAUCGUACUUUCAUAUUGAAAGUAGGCAUUUUUCUGUAAGAUCAUUAUCAUUAUCAAUCGUUAGAGAGGAAAAACCUCUGUUAAAACCUAUAUUGACAAGAGUACUAUGAGUAAAACUGCGUGUAAUACAAAAUUAUAAAAUUCUUCAUUUUUUCACGGCAGUAAAUUCAAACAUAAAUGUAAAUACUUUUUCACGAUAAUAUAUUUGUUGAAUUCAUCUUAAAAAUAGAAUUCCAGUAUAGAUACACUUCAUUAUCAUCUUUGUACCCUUAUUUCGUCUUAGUAUAUUUCAAUAUAAAUUAAACAACAAAUAUGUUAUCU